AAAAAAAUAGCAUGAAAAAACUCGGAUAAAAAAUAGGGAAAAAAGGGUAACGGCUUCGUUCAAUUUGUCGCGCAAGCAGAUCAAAUCGGAGCGCUUCUCUUCUCGCUCCCACUUUCUUCCUUACUCUUUACAUUUAUCUCGCGGAUCGUAAAACAGAGAGCACAGAAUCUCUUUCCUUCCUUUUUUUUUUAAUCUGCAAAAAUAAUUAAAAAUGGCAAAUCCGAACCAGAAAGCCGAAAUCUUUGAACUCAGCAAUGGAACAAUGCGUGCCUUGAUCACGAACUAUGGCUGCACCAUCACAUCCUUGUCUAUACCCGACAAAGAUGGAAAAUUGGCUGAUGUGGUCCUAGGAUUCGACACCCUUGAACCGUAUUUGAAUGGUUCAGCCCCUUAUUUUGGCUGCAUUGUUGGUCGGGUGGCGAAUAGGAUCAAAGAUGGGAAGUUUACUCUCAAUGGAGUAGAAUACUUUUUGCCUCUCAACAAACCUCCAAACAGUCUUCAUGGUGGAAACAAGGGGUUUGAUAAGCAGAUAUGGGACGUUGUUGAAUACAAGCAAGAUGAGAAAAUCACUUUCAAGUAUCACAGUCAUGAUAGCGAGGAAGGUUAUCCAGGAGAUGUGACCAUCACUGCAACUUACACACUUACAUCGAGCACAACAAUGAGGCUUGACAUGGAAGCAGUGCCUGAAAACAAGCCCACUCCAAUCAGCUUAGCCCAGCAUACCUAUUGGAACUUAGCUGGCCACAACUCAGGGGACAUACUGGACCAUUCAAUCCAGAUAUGGGCAAACCAUGUUACCCCUGUGGAUCAGAAUACUAUUCCAACAGGUGAAAUUGUGUCAGUUAAAGGGACGCCCUUUGAUUUCACUUCUGAGAAGAGGAUUGGCAAUGAUAUUCAGCAGGUCGGCAUUGGAUAUGAUCACAACUACGUGCUCGACUGUGGGGAAGAGAAGUCUGGCUUGAAACGCGCUGCAAAAGUCAGGGACCCUUCAAGCUCAAGGGUCCUCAACUUAUGGAGCAAUGCCCCUGGAAUGCAGUUCUACACAGCAAACUAUGUCGAUGGCGUUGUGGGGAAAGGUGGAGCUGUUUAUGGAAAGCAUUCAGGGCUUUGUUUGGAGACACAGGGUUUCCCGAACGCAAUAAACCAGAAAAACUUUCCCUCUGUUGUUGUCCAACCUGGUGAGAAGUACAAACACACCAUGUUGUUUGAGUUUUCAGCUGAGUGAAGUGUGAAGUCUUUAAGAACCUGGUCUUCCAAGAGGAGUAAAUAUUGGAAUAAAGUUUGGACUUGCUGUUCUUGCUGCGAAGUGGUUGGAAGAUACAUGAUGUAUCCCCUAAAACAGUGUUAUGAGAUACUUGUGUUUAAAUAUAUCAUCAAGGUUCUUUUCUUUUAUGAUUGCUUUUUGGUGAAAUUUAUUGUUAUACAAGUACAAUAAGAGAGGGUUUAAGUAUCUUGAAUAGAUGCGUGCCCUUUUACAAAGUAAGAAAAAUUAGUCCAAAGAACUGCGACUAUAUUUACCACAUUAUAUUUACUCGUAAAUAUCAUAUUUAUCUAAAAAUUCAGACAUCGAUUAC